CUCGAGACGGCAGAAACAUGGUGCCAGCCGCGGGGGCAGGCACGUGGGCCCUGGAUCAGGGGUCUGCCGUUACCCCUGCCGGUUUGGGCCAACGACGAGUCACCAGCCCUGACCUUUCCCACGGUCGAACAAUAUGAGGAACUAGCAGGCAGCGUUGAACUCGAAACGCAACGUUUGUUGCGCGAGCAUCGCUAUGACACCGUCAGCAACUUCCUUAGACUUUAUGAAGAGUUCAAAGUGAGCGGAGAAACUUCGCUAGAACGCUUCUAUCGCAAGUAUCAGCCAGUGAUAACCAACGAACACCAUACAUGCGUAGGUCUUGGCUUUGAGUUACUGCGACGUCUGUGCAGCCUUAACGAGAGAUUUCCUGGUAUAGCCAGUCGUCUGUACUUGGUAUCCUGUGAAGAGACAAUUGGUGACAUCGCUGGGUACGUCGGUGGUGCACCAGCUGCCGACAGUGGCGAGAAAGAACAUGUCUUAGUAUGUUUGAAAAUUGAGAUAAACGGUCGUCGAGGAGUAUUGCUGCUUGACCCUGGUUACCAUGUUGCGCGUGUUGUCACUGUGAUGGCGGAUAAGCUGUACCCGCACUCGGGAUGGUUUACGCAGUCUGAAGAACCAAACUGUAAAAAAGAGUACAAUUACACCCUGUGUACUAAAGAUUCUGACUAUGUUGAAUGGCACGAAAGAGAAAACCGUCCAGGAGUUCAAGAGAGAACACAGGUUGCCCUUAUCUACGUUGCAAGACCAUAUUUGACCGCUAUUGACGUUACUGAGCGACGAAACUUAGUCUACAACUUCAGGAGUCUACUUGCCAGGGACACAAAAGGUCAUGUUACUGCCGGAAUUUACUUUCCAGUUACAAUCGACAUCAACAAGACACAUUCGUUUACCAUCUUUUAUCAGACAAGCAAUGGGAAGAAACGCCUGAAGAUGCCGUUCAGUAAAUUCGAUGGCUUGCCUAAGACCUCCCAAGACACAGAGGAAUCAACAAUUCUAAUGAAAUGUGCACGCCAGAUGGGUCUGACGCAUGAGAAACUGGAAGGUCUUCUAGCCAGUCUUGCCGAAGUUAUGUGCGAUACACAGUAUAUUGCACAACUUUUAACCAUCAAUGCAAGAAUCAAUACCUUGGCUGAAGACAAUUAACAGAGGCCGCUCCACCCAAAGAGGUGUCAGCAAAACUUAAAAGAUUACCAUUUUUUCUGCCAGCUUUCCUCUUUUGUUCUUUUUUUAUUAUUUACUAUUGUUUCAUUAUACAAAUUCUUUUAAACAAUGUCCGCAAACCAGUCAGAGACUGAGUCACACUUAUUUUCUUUCAUUAACACUUGUUUAUAAUAUGUAGGCUUUGCACUUCGGUUGGGGUAGUUUAAUUUUCUUUAUUGUAUUUUAUUUUGUGAAAUUUCAUUGUUCAAUGGAAAUGUUAACUGUUAUCGAAUAAUAUUUACAAUGACACUGUUGUCAUUGGCCGUGAUAUAAAUAUACCAAAACAACGUCCGUCAGUCUAACGGCAGUUUUGUUUUGCCACAAAAUUGAAAUUUAUCCUCCAAAUGAACGGCUUAAUUGACAGUGAAAUUUUAGCAAUUCAAGUGUGGGAUAAAGUUUAAUCGUGACCGAAAAAACAAAAAGAUGGACCCUGACAAAAAAUGUUUACAACGAAACAAUUCAUCUUUACUGAAGUUAAAUGACGUGAAAUAAAACUAAGUAAAAAAUGCAGCAAACAAAAAUAUAACAGUUGAUAACAUUUGCAUUGAAUGUAUCGAAAACUAACUAAAUAGCAUACCUACUUCUUUCUUAUCUAAUCCAUAGGCAUAAUAUGAUCGGAAUAGUAUUGUUAUGAUGGGAUACAAUAUAUAUUUAUUUUAUACCACACUUUACAAUUUUACUUUUGUCAGUACACUAAAUUGUAACGACAGAUUUCUCUGCUUGGUUCAGUUUCAAAUAAAUCAGAAUUAAAGCACUCUAAAAGCUAUGAUGUCAUUAUUUUGUCAUCGAGAUCCUGUCCCAAAAUAUAUCCUGAAAUUCCGUACAACUGUAACUGUCCUCUUAUCGUCCUACGACUUCUAAGAAAUUCAGAAUAUUUAUUAUAUUACAAUCUACGGUAUACUUCAAUUAUGUAUUGGAAUCAUCUAAACUAGAGUUACUCUAUAUUCAUUUAUUAAGCAGUUUGCGUACACGUGUUCAUAAUGACCGUCUUUAGCGUGCAGUUAUGAUUCGAAUACAACUGUCGGAUUUAAAUUGUAGCACAUAUAGUUAAUUUACGGUGAGGUUUCGUCACAGGGCAAUAUCAUCGUAUCGCUAAUUAUUUAUUCUCCGGUGAUAUCGGAGGCAUCAUAUUAUAAAUAGAAGAAAAAAUGCAAAAUAAUGUCUAUGCGGAAAAA